AUGCUAAUCGUUGUUCUACUCUUAUCGAUACUCGAAGCAGUUCAAGCGGUCAGAUUGCGCUGUGGCAACUACUCCACUAGCGUGCUCGUUACUCCAGAGCUGAGAGAAAACUCUGGAGUACUGGUGACAUGGGACCUGCUGUCGUCGGACCCAGUUUGCUCGGAUCCGUCACGUCUACCUCGAUUCACUCAGCUUCGCCUACACGAUGUUUCACUUAUAGCCAGUUGUGACAUUUGUCCGAAAUGUACCCUUCGAUUACCAAUGCGCUACGAAUGGCCGCUAGGCUCUUCGAUCAACACUAUCUACAUCGUUGGUCGACAACCACCUUACAACCGUAUCCAUACCGAUAUGGAUGUUCGUUAUGUAAUAGUGGAUCGAAUGCCGCCAUCACUGAGAAAUUGCGAGCUCAUCUUCGACACCAUAGAAAACGUUGAAAGCAGUGCACUACUCCUGACCUUUAAUAUAUGUAUCAUCCAUUGA